CCUCUGUGAAUUCAAUGAUAGUGAUUUUGGAGACCAUGUGUGCAGAGGACAGAGCAGUAUCACUGCAGGAAGCUUCUCGUUCCUUUGGUUCCUUCCUGAAUAACUCCACCCUCAGUGCUGGUGGGAAGGAGAGCGAGGAGGAGGUGGCCUCUGCCGUGACGUUCCUCCUGCAGAGUGUGGAAUUGGCUGCACUGACAGCUGCUUUGAAGUCUCCGGAGAUGAAGAAACAGAAUGCGACAACAGAGUCUAUGGCUAUCGAGACUCUCGUUGUGCCGGCUGCAGGUCCCUGUGGUAAGGUCAGUCUGAGAGCUCAGGAGGAGACAAUGGACAUUCACUGCGAUACGGUCACCAGAGCAGCGACAGAAGAUUUUUUGGCUGUUGCUUUUAUUUCUUACUCCACCCUGGACUCCAUCAUUAACAAGAGAUUUCUCGACGAGGGAAAUCUAACGGCUGAUGAGAAAUUGAGGAAUUUUCACCUGAAUUCCAGGGUGGUGAGUGGGGCUGUCAGCAAUAGGAGGCUCAUAAACAUCUCCAAAGCUGUGAACUUCACCCUGCGCCAUAGACAGGCAAAGAAAGAGGAGGAAGAGACUCGCUGCGUUCACUGGAAAUUCAUCGAUGGGAAAGGCACCUGGGCUGAGGAUGGCUGCACUGUUCUCGAGACGAACAGCGCUUACACCAUCUGCAGCUGUGACCAUCUCUCGAGCUUCGCACUCCUUAUGGAUCACACCGGAGCAGCGGACAGUUACACACUGACCAUCAUCAGCCACGUGGGACUGACCCUCUCCCUGCUGUGCCUCUUCCUCGCCAUCCUCACCUUCCUCCUGUGCCGCUCCAUCCGCAAUGUCAGCACCUCCCUCCACCUGCAGCUCUGCCUCUGCCUCUUCCUGGCCGACCUGCUCUUCCUCACCGCGGUGACCCGCACUGGCAGUCAGGUGGUCUGUGCUGUCAUUGCUGGCUUCCUACACUACCUCUUCCUGGCCUGCUUCAGCUGGAUGUUCCUGGAGGGGCUGCACCUCUUCCUCACCGUCAGGAACCUGAAGGUCGUGAAUUACACCAGCGCCAGCCGGUUCAAGAAGAGAUUCAUGUACACGUUCGGUUACGGAUUCCCAGCCCUGGUGGUGGCUAUUUCUGCAGCAGUGAAUCCUGGUGGCUAUGGAACACCCACACACUGCUGGCUCUGCCUGGAGAGAGGCUUUCGUUGGAGCUUCCUGGGACCAGUCUGUGCCAUAAUCCUGAUAAAUUUAACAUUUUUUCUUGUAACCCUCUGGAUCCUGAGAGACAAACUCUCCUCCCUUAAUGAAGAUGUGUCCACUCUCAAAGACACCAGGUUACUGACCUUUAAAGCCAUCGCCCAGCUCUUCAUUCUGGGCUGCACAUGGAGCCUUGGUCUCCUCCAAGUCGGCCCAGUAGCCACGGCCAUGGGGUAUUUAUUCACCAUCGUCAACAGCCUGCAGGGAGCCUUCAUCUUCCUGGUGCACUGUCUCCUCAAUCGCCAGGUGAGAGAGGAGUACAGGAGAUGGAUUACAGGCAUAAGAAAACCCAGCCCCACAACUCAAACUUUUAGUCCAUCUGGGUCCACUGUCACUACCAGCACCAAGAUGGCUCCAUGCACCACUCGCUCUGGAAUGGGCUGGGAAGAUGUUGGAUUUGACACAAAUUCAGUGAAUUGCGGAGAGCCCUCCACUUCAUCCCUGUGAAACAGUCACCUCUCCAACCAACGAUGUUUAUCAUGCAGCCGGCUUUGCUGUGCCAGUGGGGCAGGUGCUUCAGCUGCCAUUCUUCAACGACUACAUACAAAACCUGGAAGGGGAAGUGGGAUUUGACCAAAUCCUCUCUCUGAUCCAAAUCCACAACUCCUACUGAAUUCAAAGGCCACCCUACGGUUGUAUCUGGGUGUCUCUCCCAGAUUUAAAGAGCCAGAUCCCAGAUCAGAGAGCAGUUAUUUCUUAGGGAAAGCACACCGUGCGAGGGGCAAGGAGUGGGGAUGGGGCAAUUUGCAAAGCCGUCGCGUGCUAUGUGUGUGAGCUAGCUCUGCUGUUUCACUGUAAUGUGUAAAGAAUAAAAAACCUGCUUAUGGACCUUGGUUGCUUCUUUGGUUUGAGGGUUUGCUAUCACGUUCUGUGUAUCCUGGAAACCUAGGGCCCAAUUCUAAAGCCUCUUUAUGCCAAUCUGGCAGUGUAAAGGGACUUUAAAGUGGGCAGAAAUGGCCCUGUGAUUAGCCCUCCAGUGCAGGAGUCCUUCCUGGCUUCUGUAGAGCUGGCAUAAAAUCUCUACAUUAGCCCUGCUCCCAGCCCCGGCAUGUGGGUUGUGAGUGGUGGGGUGGAGGUGCUGCUGAGGGCAUGGCUGAAGACAUGGCUUCAUGGCUAUUGUUAUUGAGUAUUAAUCAUUUUUAUGUGUUUUUUUGUGAUUUCAUAGGUAUAUAUAU